GGAACAAAGUGGCAGCUUUCGUCAGUUAGGGGUGUGGUGUACCUGGUCAAACUACUUCAAUCCGUACUGGAGGGCGCUGCUUAACAACAACAGCAACAACAACAAAAACAAAACUGGCGCGGGAACCGUGUUAAGUAAAACAUGGUGUCCGAGAAUGACAGGAAGGAUGCUGGUGAACCAAUGGAUGUGGAACCUUCAACCAGCAAAUCUACUGUAGUAGUUGAUAAUCGUCCAUGGAUUGAGCGUUACCGUCCAUUAUAUUUUUCUGAUAUUGUGGGCAAUGACGAAAUUAUAAAGCGACUUAAAGAAUUUGCUGAUGUAGGCAAUGUUCCAAAUAUCAUCAUGGCUGGCCCUCCUGGUGUAGGAAAGACAACCACAAUUCUGUGUCUUGCUCGUCAGCUACUUGGCGCAGCAAUGAAAGACGCUGUUUUAGAGCUCAAUGCCUCAAGUGACCGAGGUAUUGAUGUUGUUCGAAACAAGAUCAAAAUGUUUGCUCAGCAGAAAGUUACUUUGGGCCCUGGAAAACACAAGAUAAUUAUCCUUGAUGAAGCGGACAGCAUGACAGAAGGAGCUCAGCAAGCAUUAAGAAGAACUAUGGAAUUGUAUAGCAGCACAACUCGCUUUGCUCUUGCAUGCAACAACAGCGAGAAAAUUAUUGAAGCAAUUCAAUCCCGCUGUGCUAUGCUUCGUUGUGCGAAGCUGACAGAUGCUCAAGUAUUAGCUAAAAUACUUGAAGUUUGUGAAAAGGAACAGGUUUCAUAUACUGAUGAUGGUCUGGAAGCAAUUGUGUUCACAGCCCAAGGUGACAUGAGACAAGCUUUAAACAACCUCCAGUCCACAUUCAAUGGAUUUGGUCAUGUGAAUAGUGAAAAUGUUUUUAAAGUAUGCGAUGAGCCACAUCCUGUCCUUGUAAAAGACAUGCUCAAUCAGUGUGUUUCUGGUGACAUCGCCAAAGCAUACAAGAUUAUGUCUCAUCUUUGGAAACUGGGCUAUGCUGCUGAAGAUAUUAUCAGUAAUAUAUUCAGAGUCUGUAAAGGACACCAAAUGGACAAAAUGCUCCAGUUAGAUUUUGUUCAAGAAAUUGGGAAAACUCAUAUGUCUAUUGUUCAGGGCACUAACUCACUUUUACAAAUGUCAGGCCUUCUUGCCCGAUUGUGUGAUAGAGCCAAGGCUUACCAGAAGUGAAGCUUAUUUGUGAUACAUUCUAUUCCAUUCAUGAGUUUGUAGCCUUUUCACAUUUUCUAUUUUUUCCACUUUUUUUUAUGGAAGGAGAAAAAAUAAGUUAAGGUUUAUUGUUUUCUCAGUCCGAUCUGGUUUGAAUAAAACAAGACACAAUCUUAAUCUUUUGCAGUUUUGUAUUUACAUAUCAUUUAAAUUAUAAAAAUAAAGCUAUGCUCAUUAUAAAAGUUCUUUUCUAUAGGUAUCACAAUUUUCCUCAAACCUAAACAUUUGUAAACAUUGUUUCAAUAUUUUAAAAAUAUGGCAGAAACUAAGGAUGUCAUUGCAGUGCUUGGGUAAAGAAGAACCAGCAGAUGCUCUGUGCAAUGAGCUGAUCCUGAAUGCAAAUAUAUGAUUUUUUUUCUAUA